CUACGACAUGCCACCGAAGGGAGGAAACGCUAAGAAGGAAGGCGGUCGCGCCAAAAAAGCUGAGAAUGAGGCGAAGAAGAGUGAAGCGGCAGCUGCUGAGAAAGAGCGCAAAGAGGCUGCAGCCUGGACAGACGAUAAUGUUAAAGGAGGAAAGGCUGCAAAAGAUGCGAAGGAGGAAAAACGUCGCGCCGAUCUCGCACGCAAGGCCGAAUCGGCGCGUCUCCUGGCCGAGGAAGAGUCAUCGGCGCCAGCCAAAGCCAAGGCCGCUCCCAAGGCCGGCCAGAAGAAGUCUGCCCCCGCACCUCGGCCUGCUGGACCAGGUGCGAUUGCGGCUGGUGGUGGUUUGGGCGAGGCAUCCGACAAGGGUGCUGCGCCGCCCGUCGAGCCAGAGAGCUUCUCUGCUACUGGUCUCGAUGCAGCGUUGGAUCUGCUCGAUGUAGUGACCGCCAAGAUGGAUAAAGCUAGCGUUGGACAACAAGCAGCUGAUAUUGAGCGUCAUCCCGAGGUGCGUUUCACAGGGUGCCUUUGAAGCCUAUCUGGAACGGGAGCUGCCCAUAAUCCGCAAAGAUCAACCGGGGCUUCGUCUGCAGCAGUACAGAGAUCGUUUGUUCGAGCAGUUCAAGAAGUCGUCCGAGAAUCCUUUCAAUCAAACUACGGUUAACUACGAUGCAUCAAAGGAAGAGAAGAUCAAAGCACUCAACGCCAAGCGGGCGCAGGUUGAAGCAAGCAUGCGGAGUUGAGACCGAGGCGAUGGUUCUUUGUGUACGAUAUGGCAUGUCUGCCCACCAGCCAGAUGCACACUCUUUCGAUUGUUGCGCGCUGUCUGGUGCUCACCGCCCUCCAAGUUCAGAUUGAUUGAAUUACUUGUGUUGUAACAGAUAGCGUUUUUGUUUGACCCAUGAAUGAGUACAUGAUGACCGUAAAGUCAGAUGGAGUCUCCCUUGUGUCUCCCGUUUCCUAUCGAGUCCGAGGCAAUGCUCUCACUGCCUGCCAUCAGAUGAUCUUGCAAUCAUCAUGUCGUACACACGAUAGCACAAAUCCUGUCCUUCUUGUUCUCCAACUUCGCGGUUUUGCAUCUCUACUUAUUCGUGUCUGGAUCUUCCCCUAGGGUGUUUCUCUCAUGUCUGACGCAGCAGUGAGCAAAUGGGCAGCUGGCGCUUUCUAUGGCCCCGUCCUCUCUCAAACCGAUCUGUACCUCCUGAACACCGAACUCGAGCUGCAUCCUAUUAUGGCGAACCAGGAUGCCUCAUUCCAUCUGAAUUUCAACAUCUUGAGUGGGCAGACGGGCGGCUUUAACGCCGCCUCGCGGGAUCGGGACCUGCAAUUCACCGCCAAAGACGAGCCGGCGACGCUCCCCCGCGUGAGGGAGCUCAUCAUCAUCACGGAGAUGACUCCGUGGUGCACGAUCGUGAAGAACGCCCAGGGUGUGACGAUGAACGAUAUCUGCUCUGCUAUAUGGAAGGAUUACACUGAACACUACUGCACCGAGGCGGAAUUCGGCGCGCUGCCGCCGCGGUUGCAGGAACACGUGAAACGCGUGUCGGCUACUAACGCUGGUGGCGGACAGCAGCCAUGGGCGGGUGGUGCAUAUUACACCCCCGCACCAGCGGUUCAACGGUACAAGCGAGUCGACUGGCUGCGGGACCGCAUCUACUUCGAUGGUUUGCGCAAAAACGACACGUAUGCGCAGAGCCGGCUGGGCUACAAAGCCCCUAAUAUUUUCGUCAUGACUUUGACUUCUUAACGGUGCAUCUCUGGUCAAUUGCUGUAGCUGUAUUUGUUUCUCUCUGUACCAAUCGAGCUGUGCACAUGUAUGGGUUCGAGUUCAGCAUGCCUCCGAUCGUGCACAUGUAUGGGUUCGAGUUCAGCAUGCCUCCGAUCGUCGAUGUUUUGCAUCCGCGGAGGCCGCUUUUGGGUUCCCGCAGACCGGGAGAUGGCAGCAAUCCAAAGUGAGACCAAUUUGAGAGAGAUGGCAGCAGCAACACGACCACACAAGUGCGGCCGCUGUGCCUUGUUCCACCUGCGUGCGUCUUUGCGGCGCUUACUGCCUGUGCACAUCUCUUUUUACCCUCUUCACGACUUCACGCCGGCACACUAUCCAUUCCGCCGAUCGGAAUCUGGGUAUCGUCUCAAUCGGGUUUUUUCUCGGAAUUUAAGGAUCAGACGGUUCAGACUGUCGCUUCGCUGUAUACCGGAUCGAGAGGGAACUGGAAGAUUCUCAGCAAGGGCCGAUAUCUCUAUUUUCUGAUCUGCACAGUGGAAAUACCCAGCAUUCGCACACGCGCUCAUUACCUCACCCACUACUGAACGCGUUGCCCUUAGUACUCGCAACUGCGAUUUAAAGCUCUUUCAUCAUGGACGCGUCCCCACCAGAACAUCGGCCGAACGUCACUCCCUUCAUUCCGCCUCUGCAGUCACCGCAUCCGACACCUCCGACGGCACCUCCAAUCCCGGUGCCUCCACCAGCCGGUCCCAACACGCAGUACCCUUCGUGGGCUGUGAACCCGCAAGGCGCGGCGUUCUACCCUGGCUACCCCAACUCCCCGUACACGGCACAGCCAGGGUCCACACCAUACAUCCCAUUCAACGCCGGAGCACAUACGGGCGGUGCCCUUGCGGGGGGCUAUUUCCCCCCGACGCCCGGCACAGGGAUGGGCAUGGGCAUGGGAGGUGGCCUCCCUGGUGGUGGUGGAUUCGCAAUGUCGUGGGGCAGUGGCGUCGGUGGGCCCGGUGGAACGCCCUGGCCCGCGGUUCAACCCGGAUUAGCGUCGCCCUAUCCGCCCGCUGGUUCUUUCAUUCCUCCCGGUCCUUAUGGGGGCGGUGUUGUGCCUCCGCCUCCGGCACCCCAGUCGUGGGCGAACACGCCUCCCGCUCCCCCCGCCGCUCCACCGUGGGCGGGGCCGCCACCAGGGAUGAAUCCCUGGGGAGCUCACAUGCCCAUGUGGAACGGCGCUCCUGCGGCGAUGCAUCCAGGGAUGUUUUCCGGGAUGGGCCCUCCCAUGGCUGGGCUGCCGGGAGGGUAUCCGAUGGCGGGUCCUGGAGCGCCUGGUCUGGGUUUCUCACCAGGUGAAUCGCAUCCUUAUUCGCGGGGCAUGGAACCGCAAGGUGGAGAUCAGAUCGAUCACUUCAUGGAAGGGCCGCAUUAUGGACCCGUGCUGGAGCCAUUCCUCGUCCGUGCUGUUAAAGCACAUCCCGUCGUGAAUCCGCUGCUUCAGCCGCCACAAGAGAGCACGGACCGAGUUUACCUGAAAUGGAACAUGCUCUUUGCCUCGGGCCAAUGCCAGCGCUCGGACGAUCCGCCCCACAUGUCAUGGGCCAAAGACCGAGGCCAGCCAGCGACGUUUCCUCGAGUGACAUCUCUGCGUCUCAUCUCGGAGACUUUCCCCUGGCCUAUCAACAUUAGUGCGCGCAAUCGUGAGAUUGGCGUCACCUGUGGGGACGUCAUCGACCAGAUGGCUCGUGACAUGUCUUCCAUGAUUCCGCAGGCCGAGUACGAAAAAGCAGCAUCAAGAGCGAAGCAGACGCAAAUCAAUAACGCGUAUCGGCACAACCGGUCUCGCGCCAUCGGAGUUCCCGGGGGACAGCUGAAUCAGGGCCUGCUGCACCUGGAUUGGCUGUGCGAGUUCACGAUGUACGGGGGGAUACGCGACAACGAGCGCCUGGUGAAGCAAAUCUGCGGGGAAGUGAUGCCCUGCACUUUUGAGCUUGUCUGUGUCCGGCGGUACCAGAUGACGGCCGAGGAGCAUAGGAACCAAGAGGCGCUCCAGCGGACACUGGACGAGCAGCAGCGCACAUCGAGAAGGACCUCGCAUAGGCCUACCGUCCAUUCGGUCCGCGACGAAGACAGCGACACCCUCACUAGCAGUGAAUCGGAAUCGGAAGAGGAUGAAUCUGGUCACAGAAGUCGAAGUCGGCGGGGGCACUCUCGGCCUGGCACGGCUGCCUGAUUUUGUAUUCGGGGGAAUCAUCUGUUGUAGAUCUAAGUAACAUUUAUUGUAUUACUAUCUACAUCUCGUAUGUACUGGUAAGUAAUAUGUACAUGACAGCAUGCACAGAAUGUGACGCUGUGAAUCGCGGCCGUCGUCUCAUUUGACCUUCAGUCUCAUUUGCAGACCAGAAAUACUCGAUCUUCCCCUCCAUGACUCUGAGUUUUGCUCCAUCUCGAAGCGAGUUGAAAUCAGGAGCAGCCUUGAAAGAGGGUCGCGUGCGCGGCGUUGGUGGGUUCAUUCUGAACCUGAGUAGGUCGCCCUGAUGAUGAAAUCGCUGCUCCGAGCUCUAGUCUGAUUGCGACUCCAUCGUCUAUGUCCGCUCUGCAGAAUCUCGAAUUCGCAUCCAUCGAUUGGUGUCACCAUCUAUUUCCCCACCGACUGCGAUUAGCUCUCUCAUACGCAUCCUGGCUGUAAUCACCCCAAUUCGACGUGAUUCCAACCCCCGGGCCAACCCACUGGCCGUCGAACUCCAAACUGUUCCCGCACGCGGGGACCGAGUUCAUCUGGCCCUUCAAGUGAUCGCCCGUAAACUUGAUGUACCCGCUGCGGGUGGGAUUCGGCGGACUGAUACCACCAUCAUAUCCCUCUCCCGUUUUCCCGGCCCAUAAAAGCGCGACAUACGCACCAUUCGCGCCCCGCGGCUCGACGCGUUCAGAUCGAAUUAGCCCGCGAAUGACGCCAAAGUCGAAUUCGCCAAGUAACGAGGCGCCGGUUUGCACGAUGUUGACUGAGAGAUCAUCAUGGCCCCAGCUCUCAGUGAUGAACGGGCAGCGGAUGAACCAGUGACCUGACACGCUGUCCGCGCGCGGCUGGCGCUUGGUGUUGCGCGACCGGGAUGGAUGGAGCGCAGGAGGACGGCCGCCGGUCGACUUCCGCGCCGUCUGCUUCGUUUGCUGGACCAUUGGCUCGACGUCCACGUCCAUGGGUUCGAACCCUUCAAUAUCGUACGCUGACGUUGAAUUCGCAGCCGUUUGCUUUGGCGCAGGUUUGGACGAAGACGGGGCAGGAACGACGUCCAUCGUCGACUUCUUUGCCGUCUGUUUGGUACGUGGUUUUGUCUUAGGAACCGGGGCAGCUUCUGCCUUUUGCAAGCGAGGUUUCUUCUGAGAAGCUGCUGACUUGGUCGUCUUUUCCGUGGCGCCAGAUUCAUCUGUGGUCGCCCUCUUCCGCUUUCCGCCUGCGCCUGUGCCAGCACCCGCACCCAUGCCCGCCUUGUCUCGCACCUGGGCAUUCAGCUCGCGAAACUCUUUGUUGGACUGGUACUCCAGAUCGAGGAGGCUCUGCGGGACGCGCAGAGCUGUUUUCUUGUCGCGCAAUGCGUCCUCCAGCUGCGCCCGAAGUUGAGCGAUCGUCAUCGUCUUCGUGUAUUUCAUUCCGUAGAACAAGCUCUGCGCACCCCACCAAGCUUUGGGCCUUGUCAUGUGAUUCAAAUUCGUGAUAUCCCAUUUGGAGAUGCUAAAUGAAACUCACCUAUCCCGGUCACCUAUACCGUUCCUUCCAGCACUCGGGAGCAGCAGGGAACGGAGACUGUCAGCGGAGACACGUUCCUGCUCCUCGAAGCGGAGUCCCGAGCCCGAGCACGUGAAGUGCUUCUCCACCACCAUGGGAGGGAUGACGAUGGGCUCUAGCGUGUCCGCCAUGCCGAGGCGACGCCACACGGGGAG